AAAAGCAAGAAAUCUUCUCCCAUUCUUGACGAUCGUCUUGAUUUUGUAAUUUUUUCCCAGUGAAUCACUAGGCUGGUCAAUCUUCACCUUUCUUUGCACUUCUUAAGCUGCCGAGAUGGUGACAGAAGCUUCAGACAAACAAGAUGAAAUUCUAAUCAUUACAUUGCUGUUCUCUGGGGUUGCGUGUGUGGCGGUUGCUUUACGAUGCUAUGUUCGAACUAGGUUGCUGAAGGCAUUUGGUGCUGAUGAUGCCAUUGCAGUUUGCUCUUUGUUUCUUUUGUGCGUUGGAGUUGUUUUUACCAUGUUGGGAAUUAAUUCGGGGUUUGGACAACACAUCGAUAGCAUGACCAUGGAGCAUUACUUGCGCGGAUUAAAAUGGUGGUGUUAUUCGGAAAUCAUAUACCCUCCUACUAUAGCUGUUAUCAAGACAUCCAUCGCUCUUUAUCUCGUCCGCAUCGCCGUGAAGCCAGUUCAUAUAUACACCAUCUAUAUCUCCAUGACAAUCUUCCUCUUGUACACCACAGUUUUUUUCAUUUUCUUGUUACUUCAAUGUAGACCGAUCUCAUUCUACUGGAGGCGAUUUGAAGGAGCAACCGAUGGGCAUUGUUUAGAGGGCUCUACGAUAGCAGCUAUGGCAUAUGGCCAUGGAGUCGUGAACGUCUUGACAGAUCUUACUCUGGGGAUAAUUCCGGCGUUUAUUGUGGCGGAUCUUCAAAUCACAACAAGAACAAAAGCAGCGGUCGCAAUGACUUUAGCAUUGGGCUCCAUUGCUAGCGUGUGCACCCUCACAAGAAUCGCAUACAUUAACGAUCUCUUGCAUACCAGCGAUUAUCUCUAUUCAAUAGCUGAUGUUGUUAUCCUCUCAAUUGUCGAAGCAGCUGUCGGGCUCAUAGCCUGUUGCUUAGCGACACUCAAGCCUCUUAUCCGCUCAUUCCUUGACUGGUCGGAGAAAUCGAUCGGAUCAUCUGGAGGCCUUCACACGCGCAUGAUGGAUGGAAUGCACCGAAGGCGAACAAAAAUGUACGACACGGAACUAAGUCUCAGGCCCGAUCUCGCCAUUGUCGGAUUCACGACGACAGUAAUAUCGAGCAACGGACGAGAAUCACCACCUCUACAUCCGAGUAUAAGUCAAACCAUGGAUGUCAAGAGUGACGUGUGGCUUAGUCCGAGGUCUCAUGGAAGUCAAAAGUCACACAGGAGGUUAGAAAGUGGGAAUGGGGUCCAAGCCGCGGUGCCGGCUUGCCAAAUAAAGUAGAGACUAAUGGACGUGUAUGAUACCACUUUUUCACAUGAUA